AUGGGAUCAGUAAUUGGCCCAAAGCUUGCCGAUAUUUGUAUGGCAUCAAUAGAUGAAAAAAUCUUCCAGUACCAAGGAAUAAAAAGAAAUGUUUUUUUGAUGGAAUUAAAGAAAAUAUUUAAUAGAACAACUUUAAAAAAAUAUAUUGAAAUUGAAACUAAGAAUCUUUUUAAAAAAUAUUUAUUGAAUGACUAUCCACAACAGCUUAUACCAAAUGAAAAACAAUCGAAGAAUCCUUUAGAAGUUGCAGAAGUCGUAUAUGAAUUGAUGUGUACGUGCACAGAACGGAAAAGCUACGUUGGAGAAACAGGAAGAAAACUGGAAGUGAGGCUAAAGGAGCAUGAGGCGGCAAUUCGAUUGAACAGAACUGAAUCCCCGUGGCAACAACACUGCAGUAUUAAAAAUUGUCUUAUUGAUCGUAGUAAUAUUAAAAUUUUGUAUAAAGAAAAAAAUUUUGUAAAAAGACGCAUCAUAGAACAUUACUGUAUUAAAGAACAUGCAAAUUGUAUAAAUUUAAAUACAGGAGCAUAUGUCGAUGCAUGCUGGGAUAGCUUGAUGAACUAUAAUAGUACUGGCAACUUAACAGUGUAAUAUCCACUGAAGAGGCUAAAAUAGCGAAAUAUAUAUGGAUAAUAUAAUAAAGUAAGAAAUAGUGAAAAUAA